AUGACCUAUCGAAUGGAACUCGUUCAAAAAUAUGGCCAUGUCUAUCUCAUUGGUCUUGGUCCUUCGAUAUAUCUUUCUAUAACUGAACCGAAUCUGAUUGCUGAUGUUCUUGGUCGAUCACAUGUUCAAGACUAUACGAAGCCCUCGAAUUUUAGUACUGAUUCUGAACUAUUAAUUGGCAAACACAAUUUAUUAGUGAGCGAAGGAUCCGAGCACAAACGCGCUCGAAAAAUGCUUAAUCCAGCUUUUCACUUUGCCAAGUUGCAAUCGAUGGUAUCGAUUAUGGUCUAUCAGACCGCCAAAGCCAUUGAUGAACUUCUUGCAUUGUCUUCUCACAAGCAGUUUGUCGAUUUACAGACCGAGCUCAGUACUAUUACACUGACAAUCAUUGCCGCGAGUGCUUUUGGUAAAGGCUUUGAAACUACAGCUAACGCAAAAGAAAUCGUGUGCCGAGCAUUCACUGUCGUAACUAAAGCGAUGGAAUAUCGAAUGUUGCAUAUGAUCGAUCGCAUUCCGAUCAUUGCACAACUACCUUUCUGGCACAAGCGUGUUCUUGACAAAGGAUGUCGUGAAGUUGCUGAAUUGGUAGAUCAAAUCAUUGCUGAUCGUCGACAUGGUCGAUCGACUAGUCAAUGUUCGGGUCCUGAUAUUCUCGAUCUUCUUCUUUCUGCUGUCGAUGAUGAAGGAAAACCGUUCAGCAAUCAGGAAGUCAAAGAACAAGCUUUGACUUUUGUAUUUGCUGGACAUGAGACAACAGGCACUUUAAUGACAUGGGUAGUAUAUGUGUUAAUGACAAACAAAGAAGUAUGGCGUGCUUGUCGAGACGAAGUCAACAGGGUACUUCCGAACAACACUGAGCCCACCUAUGAACACAUGAGUGAGCUUGUUGUCUGCGAGGCCGUUUUGCAAGAAACACUUCGUCUCUACCCACCUGCGCCAUUAUUUGGACGUCAGUGUAUUCGUGAACACACUAUCGGUGGUAGCAGUGAUCGCCAAUUGCGUAUUCCUGUUGGCACAAUCAUUUUAAUGAAUACCUAUGUACUCCAUCGACGUGCUGACUUUUGGUCUCGACCGCUCGAAUUCGACUAUACUCGAUGGAUGCGUGACUCGGUCACUGGUCAUAAACCAAAAUUAGUUCAUCCUUUCUGUUAUUUACCAUUCGCAGCUGGAUCACGCAACUGCAUAGGUCAGAAUUUCGCUUUGCUUGAAGCUAAAGUCAUACUAGCUCUGCUUGUGCAACGAUGUGACUUUGAAAUGGAACCUGGUCAGAAAAUAACGUCCGAAGUUCGCAUCACCAUGCGUCCAAAGUAUGGACUACGAGCUAAAGUGAUUAAACGAUCGUAA